AUGUACGGAAUGUCUGCUCCUUACGGUCAUCCAUCAAAUAAUGCGAACAGACAGGGUUUAGGUCAACAAGGAAUGUCACAGGAUGCGCCUCAACAAGGAGUUCCAAUGCAAAUGCAAAUGCAUUAUCAACACCCACAUCAGCAGCACAUGGGGAUGGGACAACCAGCCCCACAAUUGCCCAAUGUUAAUCAACCAAUGUCCAGAAUGAAUCAACCUCAAGGUAAUCUGAAUAUGCAACCUCAAAUGGGUGGACCACAAUCCCAAAUGGGGCCACAUGGACAGCAAUCCCAAAUGGUAGGACCUCAUGGACAGCAACCCCAAAUGGUUGGAGCUCAUGGACAGCCACCGCAAAUGGGAGGUCCUCAUAAUCAGCAGCCUCAGAUGGGAGGGCCUCAUGGUCAGCAGUCUCAAAUGGGUGGAUCUCAUGGACCACAACCUCACAUGGGCGGAAGCCAUCCACAGCAAUCUCAAAUGGGUGGACUUCAUGGGCAGCAAUCUCAGAUGGGAGGACCUCAGGGACAACAGUCUCAAAUGGGUGGGCCUCAUUCCCAGCAGUCUCAGAUAGGUGGACCUCAUGGUCAGCAGUCUCAAAUGGGGGGAUCUCAUGGAGCACAACCUCACAUGGGCGGAAAUCAUCCACAGCAGUCUCAAAUGGGUGGACUUCAUGGACAGCAAUCCCAGAUGGGAGGACCUCAGGGACAACAGUCUCAAAUGGGUGGGCCGCAUACACAGCAAGGUCCUAUGAGUGGAAGUCAUCCACAACAAUCUCAAAUGGGAGGACCACAUCCUCAGCUUUCUCAAAUGGGAGUUCCACAUUCUCAACAGUCUCAGAUGAGUGGUUCUCAUCCUCAACAAAGUCAGAUGGGAGGACAACAUAACCAACCACCACAAAUGGGAGGCCCACAUGGGAACUCUAUGAUGUAUUAUCCAGGGAAUGCCAUGCAAGGUGGGCCUUCCACAGUUUCAAACCAAGGAGGUCCAGGUCAGAAUAGUUCCUUGUCCAUGCAGGGCCAAGGAGGGCCAAUGCAUAUGCAGGGGCAAGGUGGUUCGUUAGGCCACCAGAGCCAAGGAGGUUCUAUGUCCCAUCAAAAUCAGGGUGCUCCUUUAGGAAUGCAACAAGGGGGUCCUAUGUCUCAUUCGCAGAGUAACAUCGUUGGUGUACAGUCGAGUCAACAAUCAUCAGGUGGAACAAUGCCUAUUUCGAAUCAAGGAGGAUCUAUGUCUGCACAGAAUCAGAACCAAGGGGGACCCAUGUCGAUGUCAAGUCAAGGAGGGCCCAUGUCUGUACAAAAUCAAGGAGGUCCCAUGUCAGUUCAAAAUUCUAGCGGGCCCAUGUCAAUGCAAAAUCAGAAUCAAGGGGGUCCUAUGUCUAUGCAGAGCCAAGGAGGUCCAAUGUCAAUGCAGAGUCAAGGAGGGCCUAUGUCCAUGCAGGGCCAGGGAAGGCCUAUGCCGGGCCAGGGAGGUCCUAUGUCAGUUCAGAAUCAGCCAGGACCUAUGCAUAUGCAAGGGCAAGGAGGACCAAUGUCUGUUCAAAGUCAGGGGGGACCUAUGUCUGUACCUCAACAAGGAACUCCAUUAUCCAUGCAACAAGGAGGACCUAUGUCCGUACAACAAGGAAGUUUAGGAGGGUCACAAUCCAAUCAACAACAACCCUCCACUGGCCCAUUGUCCAUUCCAACUCAAGGAGGACCCAUGUCUGUUCAAAAUCAACCGGGUAAUCUGCAUAUGCAGAACCAAGGAGGCCCUAUGUCCAUAUCUAACCAAGGAGGGCCAAUGUCAGUUCAAAACCAAGGAGGUCCUAUGUCCGUGCAAAAUCAAGGCGGACCUAUGUCUGUACAAAACCAAAAUCAAGGAGGACCAAUGUCAGUUCAGAACCAGGGUGGUCCUAUGUCAGUUCCUCAGCAAGGACCUCUAUCUGUACCUCAAGGUGGACCAUUGUCUAUCCCUAAUCAAGGAACUCCGUUGUCCAUGCAACAGGGUGGACCUAUGUCUGUACAACAAGGAAGUCAUGGAGGACCUCAAUCAAACCAACCACAAUCAACAGGGGGACCCAUGUCGGUGCAACCGGUAACUCCUCAUAAUCCACCUAGUCAAUCUUCAGGUCAAAUGAUGCAAGCCGGACAAGGCCCUCAACCUCCACCUCCUCUUUCGGCAACCCUCCCUCUCGCAGCAGAUCCUCUAUAUCUUUCCAAAAAUCUCAUACUAAAAGAUCUCCGUCAUGCUAUUCUUACUUUAAAUACUUGUGCUGGUGCAACUCUCCGUGAAAGGAAAACUGGGGAUGUAGAUUUAAAUACUGCCCAUAAGUAUCGCAAAGCUAUGGAUACAUUCCAAGCUGUGUGUGAUGAUAUCGAAAUGAACUUGAAUCUUGUUCACGAAACUCAAAAGCAACUCGUGAAAUUUGACAAAAUUUUUGAUAAGCCACCCAGUGAUCCUCCACGAGCUGGUCAAACAGAUUAUGUACAACAUAGUACUAGUGUAACGAACUAUAUUGAACAAACGAAAAAUACCCAAAGGACGUUUGACCGAGCUCUUGAGCACAUGAACAGAACACGGGAUUUACUGAAAAAACGGGAAACAGCCACAUUAGACCAUUCCGAAAAAAUGGAAAUGUGA